UUAUAUUCCAUGCUCUGCUCACAGAAGCCAUUUCAGUGGUCAUUGCGAUUGCUCUCUUCUCUCCUUCCACAAACGGGAAAGUAAAGUAAUCUCUUGCCCUGUUAAAAAGAUUUUCUUUCCUCUUUUCCCCUGCUCAGCUUUUCCCUCUGCUACCAAACAAGUCCCCUCCCACUCCCACUCCCACUCCCACUCCCACCCACCUGAUGCAAGAAACCACUGCAAUUAUGGAAUGAGCUAAUCCCGCCUCCCUCCCCCCUCCUUUUUGUUCAUGAAAAUCACCGACGGGAUUUGUCAGUGAGGCUCUGAACUGGUCGGAUUUUUCUAUUCGAAAUUAUUGAUGUUUUUGUCCCUUUUUUUAAGUGGUUUUUGCUCCAUGGGAUUCAACGUGUAGGCUUGCCCAGAAGACAACUUCAGUUUCCCAAGUUUACAGGAAACCUCCAAAUCCAUGAAACCUGUCGUGUCCUCUCCUCUCGGUUUGCUUUAAAGCUCCCUCCUUUAUUGCCUUCCCAUAAGUUCUCUCUCCUCUGUCAGUUCUCUCCUUCCUCAAUCAGCUGAGCCUGAGACCUCUCCCCCCCAUGGAUUCGAUAAAUUCCUCAAUUAGUUGAGACCCAUCUUUCUUGCUGAGGGAGUUGGUUCCAGCUCGUCUUCCCCAUGAAAAUCCCCUUCUUGAUUUGACCCACCAAUCCUUUUUGUCCCAAAGACUUUUUUUUUUUUUUUACACCAUCUCCAUCCCGCUUGAUGUCCGGCGAUAACAGCUCUGUCCCGAUUUUCACUCACAUGGGUACGAGAAAAAUCUCGGCUUGAAUCGACGUACCUCUCUUUUCUUGCCCAAGAAUCGGUUUUUGUUCGUUCGGUCUUCUGCGGCAGACGAGACAGGGAGUGGUGAACGGGCAUGGAGUCUGGGGAAAGCGUGGAGACCCGGAAAAGAUGCGGCGGAGGCGGCGGCGGCGGCACUAGGGAGAGGCCAUACAAGGGGAUAAGGAUGAGGAAGUGGGGCAAGUGGGUGGCGGAGGUGAGAGAGCCCAACAAGAGGUCAAGGAUCUGGCUGGGGUCCUACUCCACCCCAGUUGCAGCGGCCCGGGCCUACGACACGGCUGUCUUCUACCUGCGCGGUCCGUCCGCGAGGCUGAACUUCCCGGAGUUCGUGGCAGCUGAGGGGGUAGCCAGCGGCGCGGACGGAGGAGUGGACGUGUCAGCAGCCUUCAUAAGGAGGAAGGCAGCGGAGGUCGGCGCCCGGGUGGACGCGGCCCUCAACAGGGGUCUGAACGGCAUGGUCGGCUGCGGCGACUACGAGAGCUGCUGUGAAGUGAAGAUGAGCAGCGGCGGCAGUAACAGCAGCUGUGGGAGGAGUGUUCUCGAGAAAGUUGAUCUGAACAAGCUGCCCAACCCUGAGGAUUACUCUGACAGUGAUGAACAAUGAUCCAUCACUACAUAUAAGUGGAAGAACAAAUGGAUUUGAUUGAUGAGAAAUUUGAUCUUAUUAGUGGGGGUUAGUGGGUGAUUAAGGGGAUUCAAAUCUUUAGUGGAUUUUCUUGAUGAAGUUCAAGAAAUUUUGGAAAGUUGUAAAGAAGAAGGGGGCAAGAUGAGAUGUAAAAUGUAAAUUAUUUUGGUUAGAAGAGAUCAUAAUGUUAGCAUCCUUUCCAUCUUAACCUUUUCUCUUUGGGUCUUUUGCUAUUUGUUUCUCCUCUUAGUUUUGGUUGGUUAGUUUCUGUCGGAAGAAAUUGCAGUUUGUUGAGUGGUUGAAGAAUCACAUGAUGAAGAAAGAGGCGCACUGCAAUGGCUAAUAUCUCACCUGGUAAUUUAGA